AUGGCCCUCACAGGCCGAGAGAUCCAAUCAAUUGAUGAAUUCCCAUGGACCUGCACUCGCCUCCAACAUCCUCUCCUAGAAGGAUGCGAGGAUCUGUGGUUAGACGACCAGGAACGGAAACUGUAUGCAGCAUGCAGCGCUGUAGACUCCAGACAAGGAUGGAGUCCUGGUGGCAGCAAAUUCAACGUCUCUGCGAGGUCCCAAACGGAUCAUAUCGCAGUGUUGAACAUUGACCAACCUGGCUCGGACGGGCUGUAUGGCCUCCACAAGCUCAAAGUUGGUGGCUAUCUCGGCGAUCUGGAUCUACAUGGAUUCGAUGUGCGCCGUAUUGAAGGCAGACUUCGGUUCUGGUUGAUCAAUCAUAGGCCCCCAGUCCAUCCUACAACAGGCGAGUUCCUUGAUGCCUGGGUCGUUGGUGCGAACUCCACAAUUGAGAUAUUUGAUUUGAACGAUGCCUCAGAGACACUUGAACAUGUCAAAACUAUAGCCAACGACGCGAUCAUCUCGCCUAACAACUUGGCCGUUGACAAGGAUGGUUUGGGGAUCGUGAUUACCAAUGACCGCAACGCCAAAGUUGGCACUUUUGUGGAGUUGGAAAUGUUGAUUGGCGGAGGAAGUCUCACCUAUUGUCGAUCUGAUACAGGAAAGUGCCAUGUCGCUGCCAACAAGGGGUUUUCCUUUGCCAAUGGGAUCGUCGAAGAUAACGGGAUGUACUAUGUGGCUCAUUCAGUGACUGGAAUCGUGACUGUUCACAAAUUAGUUGGCGACCAGUUGAUUCAAGUCGAUAAAAUCAACACAGGAUACCCACUCGAUAGUCUGUCGCUCGACGCAGAUGGGAACCUCCUAGCUGCCGCAAUUCCGAACUCCAUUGCGUUUAUGAAGUCCAUAGAAGAUCCACAUAGCUUUGUUGCCCCUGCUACUGUUCUCGCGAUUAAUGGAAUAGCCGCUCAGCUGAGGACUCGCAGCGGGAAGGACUGUGAGGUCUCGAAGCUGGUGGAGGACGGAGAUGCCAAAUGGCUUCCUAGUUCGACUGUUGCAGUGCGGGAUGUCAAGUCCCACCGCUUGUUCCUUGGGGGAGUCUGCUCGCCAUUUAUCACCAUAUGUGAGCAGCAUGUUUAG